GAUAUCAUUUGGAUGCUCCCUCCAGUAGUGUAGGAUUUCCCUUGCUUUUGCUUUGAUACUUCUGGUUUGCAGCUCACCAAUAAACCACACCGAACUCUUUCAACUUCUCCUCUGUUUUCUUACUCUCUCUUCUUGCAUCCUCUGCCUGUCCAUCAAACUGGACAUGAUGGCCUGCUCUCCAAUUGGGUUCGAAGGCUAUGAAAAACGCCUUGAGAUAACCUUCUCAGAAGCCUCUCUGUUUGUUGAUCCUCACGGCUAUGGCCUGCGCGCCCUCACUCGCCCUCAGAUUGAUUCAAUCUUAGAGCCUGCAAAGUGCACCAUUGUUUCACAGCUUUCCAACAAGGACUUUGACUCCUAUGUUCUGUCGGAAUCUAGCCUCUUUGUGUACCCAUGCAAGAUGAUUCUAAAAACCUGCGGGACUACAAGGCUCUUACUGUCGAUUCCUGUGAUUCUUGAUCUUGCUGCUGAGCUUUCACUCUCUGUUACAGCAGUGAAGUACUCCAGAGGAAGCUUCAUAUUUCCUGGAGCUCAGCCUGCUCCUCACCGCAGCUUCUCUGAAGAGGUUGCUGUUCUUAACCAAUACUUUGGUUGCCUUGCCUCUGGUGUGAAUGCUUAUGUUAUUGGCAACCCUGCACUGCCGAACCUCAACUGGCAUGUCUAUUAUGCUACCGAGAAGCCUGAGCAACCAAUGGUGACAGUUGAAAUGUGCAUGACUGGAUUGAACAGUGAAAGGGCAUCCAUAUUCUUCAAGAAUUCUGUCCUUGGACAUGAAUCAUCUGCAAAAGAGAUGACCAAAAGAUCUGGAAUUCGCGAUAUCAUCCCUGAAAUGAAAAUAUGUGACUUUGAGUUCGACCCCUGCGGGUACUCAAUGAAUGGCAUCAACAACCAGGCCCUUUCUACCAUACAUGUUACACCUGAGGAUGGGUUCAGUUAUGCAAGCUAUGAAGCUAUGGGGUUUGAACCUAGUGCAAUCAGUUAUAGACAUCUCAUUGAGAGGGUGCUGAGGUGCUUUGAACCUGUGAAUUUCUCUGUUGCCGUCACCAUCUUUGGUGGACGCCCCUUUGCCUGUUCUUAUGGUCAAAAGGUUUGUGUUGAUGGGUACAAUUGCAAGGAUCUUGUUCAACAAGAACUCUCAGGUGGAGGACUGCUUUUGUAUCAGAGUUUCAAGGCUUCUACUGAUGGUUCAGCCUCUCCAAGAUCCAUUCUCUAUUGCUGGGAGGCAGAGGAUGAAGAGGAGAACAGUGUGAAGUGCAAGGAGAAGUUUUUCUGAGUUUAUGGUGGUAUAUUGGUGAAUGACUCGUUAUUUUUGUGCUUCUGCUUUGUUA